AUGGCUGCUUCGAACAAAAGGAAAUCGGCUGCAUCUCCGGCUCCGAAACCACGUCGAUUUGGGGAUAGGAUCGUCGUUCCCCAUUGCAGUGAUGAAAAGAAAUUCUCUCGACGACGGCCCUCAAAAUCCAUAACAGAAGGAAAGACGAAAUUUCUCGGGCGUAAAAGGAAAGUGUCUUCACCAGCUCAAAAAGAAAACCAGUGUGCUAUUGCUAUGAUUACGUCGAAUGCUGUUGAUCCUCUUCUGAAUGGGGAUGAUCAGAACGCAACAGAAAAUGCUGUGUCGUUCAAUGACAAAGAACUACAGUUACCUGAAGUUAGAAUGGUUGGACAUCUAACUGCCUUGCGCUGUCAACCGCGGCUAACUGAUGAACGUGUCGAUCUUGAACUGUUUGCUAAACGCCAUGAAAAGCUGGAGAAGGAGGAAAAACAAAUUCUGAGAAGGGAUCGAAUCUGGCAAAACGAAGUUCGCCGUCGGUCACGCCUUCUUCGAAUCCAACGAACACCACCCCCACGUUUUCGUGAUUUUCGUAUCGUUGUGCUGAGGAAACUCACGCGCCAUUUCAAAUGA